CAAUCAGAGCCCAGGACUGCGGGGAUCCAGUCGGCGGCGGGCAGGGUUUGACUGGCUACAAGCUCGGUGCCUCCUUUUGUCCUUCAAACACCGGAUCGGCUGUAAUAACGCACUCCGGGGGUCACGGAGGGUUAGGAGGCUUUGGCCCCAAUAUCUCUCAGGGUAGUAGCCAUGAGCGCCCCCUACAGCAAGGAUAGGGCACAUGGGAAGCUCCAGGUCAAUGGACAGCUAAAUAAGACCUCUGUUACUGCGAACCUUGAUGAAUCAUUUGAAGAGGAACUGAAUGCAUUUUUAAUCGAUGAAAAUCAUCUUCACUUGUAUGAUGAUCUCACCAAAGUUAACCCAAUUACAACUAAAACAGUUCUGAAAUGUCUUCAAGCAAGAUAUGCCGCCGAGGUGUUUUAUACAAAUGCUGGAUGCACUGUGGUCGCUGUUAACCCGUUUCAGCCAGUGUAUAAACUGUAUAGUUCUGAAAUCAUGAAGCAAUACCACACAGCCCCUCAUCCUCAGGAAUCUAAGCCACAUAUCUUCACCGUGGCAGAGCAGGCAUACAGAAAUGUCCAGAGCCAAAUAGAGCCAGUAAACCAAUCUAUUAUUGUCAGCGGAGAGAGUGGUGCUGGGAAAACAUGGACGUCUCGGUGCCUUAUGAAGUUUUAUGCCACCGUUGCUGCUGCUUACGACUCCCACGUUGCUAAUCAGACUGUGGAAAGAAUAGAAAGCAGAGUACUUGACUCCAAUCCUGUAAUGGAGGCUUUUGGAAAUGCUUGCACACUCAGAAACAACAACAGCAGUCGAUUUGGAAAAUAUAUCCAGCUCCAGUUAAAUAGUACCCAACAAAUCACAGGAGCCUCUAUCCAAACCUACCUCCUGGAGAAGACCAGAGUGGCACAUCAGGCCCCUUCAGAAAGGAACUUCCACAUCUUUUACCAGAUUACAAAUGGUGCCACUGAACUUGAAAGAGCGGAAUGGAAUCUUCCAGAAGGGGCACAGUUCUCCUGGCUUCCUAAUUCUGACAAAAAACUUGAAGAGGAUUGCUUUGUGGUAACUAAAGAUGCGAUGUUGCACUUGGGUAUUGAUCACUUUAUUCAGAAUAAUAUAUUUAAGAUUUUAUCUGGACUUCUGCACCUUGGAAAUAUCCACUUCGCUGACUCACUGGACGAGAGUCAGCCUUGUGAACCACUUAGUGACGCCAAAGACUUUAUUGCGGUUACUGCAAAUCUCUUGCGGAUUCCUGCUAGCAGCCUGCUGGAUAUGCUGCGCAUUCGGACGAUAACGGCUGGGAAACAAGUAUUUAAGAAGCCAUGCAAGAAAUCUGAGUGCGACACGAGGCGGGACUGCCUGGCCAAGACUAUUUACGCCAAAUUGUUUGACUGGCUGGUGACAGUUAUCAAUGAAAGUAUCUGUUCAAUAUCCGACAAAUGGAUCAAUUUUAUUGGUUUAUUGGAUGUAUAUGGAUUUGAAUCCUUUCCACAAAACAACCUGGAGCAGCUGUGUAUAAAUUACGCCAAUGAGAAACUUCAGCAACAUUUUGUGACUCAUUACUUGAAAGCUCAGCAGGACGAAUAUACAGCUGAAGGACUUGAAUGGUCUUUCAUUAGCUACCAGGAUAACCAGAGCUGCGUAGCCCUGCUGGAGGGAAGCCCUGUCAGUGUCUUCUCCCUGCUGAAUGAGGAAUGUCGCCUGAAUCGGUCCUCAGACGCUGCCCAGCUCCAGUCUCGUUUGGAAAAAGCACUCUCUCAUAACAAGUGUAUUGGAAGGGACAUGUUUAGCAAGCUGCCCAAUUUUAUUGUGUCCCAUUAUGCUGGCAAAGUGCAAUACCAAAUCGAAGACAUGGCAGAGAAAAACAAGGAUCCAGUUCCUCCAGAACUCCUCCAGCUCCUUCAAGAAUCUGAGGACAGCUUACUUAAAAAGCUCUUUCCUGACGAGAACAAUAAAGUAGCUGAUAUAAACACACAUAACCGGACUGCUGUGGUGACUGUCGUUUCCAAAUUUAAGGGAUCUCUAGAACGUUUAAUGCAGAUUUUGCACAGUACAACUCCACACUACAUCAGAUGUAUCAAGCCAAACAUGGAGUGCAAAGCCAUGAUAUUCAGAAAGGAAGAGGUGCUCAGUCAGCUGGAGGCCUGUGGCAUUGUGGAGACUAUUAACAUAAGUGCAGCUGGCUUCCCUAUCAGAAUUUCUUUUCAAAGCUUUGUGGGGCGCUAUGGGAUAAUUGCUCCCUGGCAGUCAACCUUGCAGAGUUGUAUAAAGGACUGCUCACCUGCAAAGAAGAGGCGAGGGUCAGCUUCACAGGAGGAGAGCGAUGCCUUGCGCUCCAUGACACAGAAUAUUCUUCAAGCAGUGUUGCCUAAAUUGGAGAGAGGGACAAACAAUACACUAGCUCAUUGUGGGACUACUAAAGUGUUUCUGACCCAUUCUAUGAUAGAACUACUUGAAGAGACCCGAACAGUGUCACUGUCACGGAGAGCAUUUUGUAUUCAGUGCUGCUGGAGGAGGUAUAUACAGAGGAAGCGAGCUAAGCAGCGAUGGGCAGCCACGACGAUACAAGCAGUUGUCAGACGCUGGCUAACAAAGAAGCACAUUGAAAGGAUGCAUAGGUCUGCAACAAUUAUAAAGAGAAGAUGGAAGAAAUGGAAAGCAAAAAUGGAAGCAUUGGCUGCAAUGGAGCUUGAUGACACUACAGAAGAUGUGGAAAACCUCAAUCUAUCGAUUCCAGGCUCUCCAGUUAAAGUGGUUGAUGCAUCUAAGACUAAUUCCCUUCAGGACAGACCUGGCGCUAAUCAUGCAAUACUCCAGUCAUGGAUUCUUGGCCUUGUCUUGUCUAGAGCACCAGUCAUCAGAAAGAAUGUCCUGGCUGAUGGGUUCAAAAGGCACCUGUAUCUUCUGGCAUGUGUGGACAUCCUAAGAAGAAAUAAUGGAUACAAGAUAGAAGCUAAUCGAUCAGAACCUGGUAUUACUUCCAUCAGAGCUCAACCACAGGGGGCGAUCAAGUUCCAUUACAAAAGGUCUCCGCUCCAUUUUGCAAACAUCUGUCCUCAGACCUUAAACUGUGGGAUGACUGGAUUCAAUGAGAUUUUGCUGGAAAGAACAAAAUGAGGACAGCCAUAACAAACAAAUAUUUUAUUAAAUUGCAAGAUGCACUUUUUUUCCUUUUACCUACAUGUUUUCUAAUCCAAACACUACAAUAUUAUUUAUUGGUACCUGCGUAGCUUACCGAUCAAACCCCAGAUGGUUAGAAGUAGAAUAUGAAUGUACUAAUGUUCUAAUUUCAUGGCUGUGCGCAGACCUCCUGCAGUAAAAUAUUGCUUUUUGUAUGUUCUUGACCGAACAGUAUAUGAGCAGUGAUUUAAUAAUGGUUGGGGAUUCUAGCGUGGAAAUAAGAUGAUUACACUAUUUUGUUCUAUAUAAAUACUAAAACUAUUGCACUAAGAAAUUUGGAUGUGUCAUAAAAAUGAUCUGCAUUUGACAUUUUAGUAUGACUACAGAAAUGCAUAUUUUUAAAUCUAUAACCCCUUAUAAUUCUAAACAGAUGUUUGUUCAAUUAUUUCUGUAUAUCAAUUUGUUGUAAAUAUCAGUUUGUUAAUACAACACAAACGGGUGGCCGUUUUUGUAAAUUCAAUAUGGACAAUAGAAGAAAAAAAGUUUUUAAAAAAACAAAACCAAACUAGUGCUGGACAGGUCUAUAUUCAUCAUUUUUAUAUUUACACGUAUUUAUGAAACUAAAUAUCACAAUAUUUGUGUUAAAUCUACUGCCAAACAUUUUUGACAAUAAAAUAGAAUCAUUCCUUUGACUCUUAAACGAUCACUCCAGGCAUCAUAACAACUUCGUCGAAAUGAAAUUGUUAUGGUGCCAGGAAUACCUUUCAAACUCAAUUCAAACUCAAUCUUUCUGCCCUUCAGUUUUCUAAAAAAUCUCUAAACUGGAAGGUUCUUGCAGAGAUGCUACUGAUUGGCUGACAACAGGCACCUGAUGCCAUCAGCCAAUCUGUAAAUCCUGAUUUAUAAAACGGAAUUGAAAAAGAAAAGUUUUAUGAAUGGAGAUUCACUGAUUGGCUGAGAGUUUAAGCUAUUCGCUCUCAGCCAAUACACACCGCCACCUACUGCUUCUGCAAGAGCCUUCUGGUUUAGAGAUAUCUAUAAAACAGGAGGGCAGAAA